AUGUCUUUCAUGCUUGACCCACGGGGAGACCUACCCCCACCAACCAUUCAACACAGCUCGUACUAUUACAAUCAAACCCAUACGAGGGGUACGUCUUUCGGACUCUUGAACAAGAAGCCGAAGAAGAAGCAGUGCUAUGACUGGAUCUUCUCUACGGCAUCCAACGUCCACGUCGCAGUCGACCGUACUGCAUUCAAAACCUACGCUGCUUUCAAAUCCUACGUCCUUACUGUGUCCGACCAACGCCAAGUCCCAGUCCGAGGUAUUGGAACAGUCGAAUUGAAACUGAGAAGAGAGCCGGGCAGUCGAGACAAUCACACGAUCAUCUUAGAAAGGGUCUUGCACGUUCCGGACUGGAUCUGCAAUGUUUUCUCCGACGUCUACUUCCUGCCGGCCUCCAAUUACGAGCACACGUGGAUUGAGUCUGGUGUCAAUUUCUUUGUGCGAGACAAGGAGAUAUUGAAGCCUUGGGGUUACACCGACAACUUUUGUGGCCUUGAUCGGUUGGUACUGUCCAAAAACCAUCAAGGACGUAACCCGAUGCUGGAAGAUCCCGACCGAGAAGUGUUUUCAGUCAGUCUGACUUGGCCGCAGAGCCAGAAAGAUAAAUGGGACAAACGCGUUGCUGAAGAAUUAAAGCUGGAAGCCGAACGUCUGGAGAAGACUUCGAAGAAGACACAUGCCGAGGAAGAGACCAGAGUCCUCAAAAGACAAGCCAAGAGCGCUUUGGUCGAGGGCACCAAAUGGAGGUUGGUCCCGGAUGUCUCAAACAGCGAACGGGGAAAGUAUGAGAGCAAGUCCGGUGAGACCAGCGGCGCUCCGAAGAUUCUUCCGCGGGUCUCCAGCUUGUUCGAUCCAAUCAAAGGUUGA